AUGGUCGGUGAAUCGCGACAAGCUGCCUCCGACUCGCGAGCCAGGAAGGCUCCGAGUCGCCAGUCACGCUCCUGCAAGGUCUGUCGGGCCCGCAAGGUUAAGUGUGACCGUGUCAAACCCUGCCAUGCCUGUUGCGCUCAUGGCUAUCCAUCGAAAUGCGUAUAUGAGAAUGUGCCUGACGAAGAGGCCCAUCCAAUCAGCCAGGCCGAGGAAAUUCGGAACCUUCGAUCGGAGAUUCGGGAACUCCGCGCUAGGAUAGACGAAAGGAAAGAUGGGUCCCAGACUGAGGAUCUGGAGCGGCUGGACCAGCUCGAGAGCUUAUUUGAGUCUAUUCGAUCCGCCCCGCUUAACGUGGUGGACUCGCUGGUGCGGGAUAUUCGAAGUGAGCAGAGCGGGCUGAAGAAUGAUUUGGUCAAGGUUGGUCCCUGGGAGGGCUAUGAAGCUUAUGAGAAAUAUGGCUCUCCUGUCUCUGUCAUUCCUAUACGCAAGCAUUCCAGGAAUGGUAGCCCGGAAAGUAACUUUAAUGAUCCAAUCUUCCGCGAUGACGAAGAUGCCGAAUUUGCAGAGAUCCUGUCAAUAGAGGGAUCAGACUCGUCCAGUUCAUCCGGCACAAUUUCUAUAAUAAAUCUGCAGCGACCAGCAGUCGAUGUGUUUGUGGAGCGCUUUGUGGACGCCUUUGCUCCCGAGGUUGACUCCAGACAUGGCCGAGCAGGUGCAAUACGCGCAGCUGCAGGGAUCCGCAUGUUUUCACCACUGAUCUCAGAUGCGUUUGAGGCAGUAUCUGUGGCCUUCUUUGGUAGGUCUAUCCAGAACAAGCAGAUCGAAGCGUCUGGUUUCCGAUUGUACCCGCGUGUCCUUCGAUCCCUACAGGAGGCCUUGAUCGACCCCGAGCGGUCAAAAACAGAAUCUACAUUGGUGACAGUAAUUCUUCUACUUGCCUUCGAGAGUGUGGAACGCACGACGCAAAGCGGUGUCCCUGCUCAUGUUCGAGGUGCAGUGCGCCUGAUUGAGCAUCGAGGCCCCGAGAAUCACAUGUACGGGGUUGAACAUCUCCUUUUCACGGAGCUGCGUCCAUACUGGAUUGGCGGAGCACUGGCGGCUCGCCAGCCCUCGUUCCUGGCCCGCGAAGAAUGGAAGACCAUCCCAUGGGCGGCUGGAACAACUAAAAAAGACAUUCUGCAUCACCUAGUUGAUAUUGCGACCGAGAUUCCCGGCCUGCUGGCACAGUCCGAUUCAUUCAAAGAAGCACAAGCUACACACACAAUGGGCGCACAAGAAAUGGCUGUCAAGCAAGCAGCUCUUUGGAAUGGAAUCACCGAGUGCACGGCACAGUUCCAGCAGUGGUAUAGAGACUGGGUUGAAUGCUUCCCGGAAGGACCAAUUCAGGAAGUUGCGCAGACGGGAAAUCAAGACUUCCCCAUAUUCAAGCGGCGUAACUUGCGUACGGGUGAGGUCUAUGCGCCGACUAUAUUCUCCUACCCCAAUCUCCUGCUGGCACAGACCAUGUGCAUGUACUUCGCCGUCCGACUCAUCUUAUCCAGCAUCGAUACUCGCCCUGAAGACCGGAUCACGCCCAUGGAGCAAUAUGAGUUUGGCUGUGGCAUUUGUCGGACUCUGGAGUAUUAUAUCAUGACUGCACCGGGGAACAUGAUUAAUCGUCUUGCCUUUCCUACUCGGGUCGCCUGGGAGGCCUUCCCUGAUGGUGGUCCUGAACAAGCGUUCAUGGUGGAGGUUCUGCAUCUGGUAGAACGACGCCACGCGCUGGGUCUUUGGGGUAGUGCGAUGGCUGAGCUCUCGGUGCGGGAGAAUUCUCCGCUCAAUGAUGGUAAACUAUAG